AUGCGCGCCAGCUCCAUUCUGCGCCGGCGCAUCCAACCCUCGGCGAAAUCCCUCGCCUCCCCCGGACGCGCACAGAUCCACGAACAGAGAACCGCUUCGUCCCUUUGGAUCUCAAUCUCCCUGCUUGCUGUUGGUGGAGGUGCCUGGGCCCAUAAUUACUUCACGUCCAACGACUUAUCAUCAUCCGCACAUACCCGGUCCCCGCCGCAAGAACCCUUCCUCGGUGUUAUCGAUACCCUCAAAACCAUGCCCGUCGAACCAGCUCCAGGCACCGUCGGGACCCUGACCCCGGAGCAGGAGGCCAAACUCCAAGAACUCUGGGUCAUGACGUUGAAGGUCUUCGGCGUCGACAUCCAGGCCCUUGAAACUGAGGCCAAGGACAAGGAGAGCGCGGACGUUGCUGCAGCCAACGCGUCUAAGAAAGAAAAGCCCUCAAAACGUCGAUGGGGAAUCUGGGGUCGUAGCAACGACGAUGGCGACGACGAUUCGAAGAGUGUCUCCUCCGCGAGCGGAAUCACCGCUAGCCUUGCCUCGAUCAACGUCUCCGACAGCAGCGAUGACAAGUAUGGUCAAUCCAAGGAAUUCCAACAGGCCCUAGUCGACAUGUCACCCGAGGAGAUCCGCACAGCUUUCUGGAAUAUGGUCAAGCAGGAUCACCCGGAUGGAUUGCUACUCCGGUUCCUGCGCGCGCGCAAAUGGGAUGUCAAGAAGGCAUUGGUCAUGAUGAUUUCCACCAUGCGCUGGCGCUUACAGGAUGUUCACGUGGAUGAUGAUAUUAUGGCCAAUGGAGAAGCCACAGCUGUGAAGUUGUCGCAAAGCUCGGACGCGACGGAGAAGAAGAAGGGCGAGGAGUUCUUGUUCCAGAUGCGCAAGGGUAAGAGUUUCUUGCACGGUGUGGACAAAUUUGGUCGUCCUAUUUGCGUUGUUCGUGUUCGCCUGCACCAUGCUUCGGAUCAAGAGGUCGAUACCUUGGAACGCUUUACCGUCUAUACCAUUGAAACUGCCCGUCUACUGCUGGCGCCUCCUGUUGAAACUGCUACCAUUAUUUUUGAUAUGACCGACUUUGGAAUGGCCAAUAUGGACUAUACCCCCGUGAAAUUCAUGAUCAAGUGCUUUGAAGCCAAUUACCCCGAGUCCCUGGGAUCCGUACUCAUUCACAAGGCUCCUUGGGUUUUCUCCAGUAUCUGGAGCAUCAUCAAGGGCUGGCUAGAUCCCGUUGUGGCUGCAAAGAUCCACUUCACCAAGAACCGCGAAGACUUAGAAGCCUUUAUCCCGCCCAGCCAAAUUAUGAAAGAGCUAGAGGGCGGAGAGGACUGGGAAUACAAAUAUGUCGAGCCUGAGGCAGGCGAAAACAGCAAGAUGGAAGAUACGGAGACUCGCGAUAAGCUGACCUCCGAGCGUCAGGAACUUGCCAAGGACAUUCAAAAGUCCACGAUUGAGUGGAUCCAAGCUAGCUUCAAGCAGGAGAACGAGGCUGCUUCUGCCGCUAAAGAAAAGCGUGAUGGUCAGAUUGAGCAUCUUCGCAAACAGUAUUGGGAGCUCGACCCAUAUAUUCGAACUCGCUCGCUUUAUGACAGACUUAACAUUGUUCAAGGGAACGGCAAGAUCGAUUUCUAUCCCGGCUCGGAGAAGAAGAAGACCGAGACCGAAGAACAAACUCCUGUCAGUGAGGCAACUGCAUAA